AACCGAUCAAUGUUUCUCACAUCAAUCUUUCUCUCUCAACAUAUCCUCUGGCAAGGAUUUAAAAAAAAGAUUAGGACCCGUGUCUGUGCAGAGGACUGAGCCUGGUGUACAAAAGGACCAAGUGGGCUUAUUGGGGCCAACACCAGGCAGGCUAGAGGGCCCAGCUGGUUCAGGUAGCCGGCUACAGGAGAGGCAUGCAAGGUGAAGGGCUUGGCUUCUGCCAAGGUGUGGGCCCAGGCUGGAGGGUUAAUCCUGGGCCCAGGACUCCCUCUUGGCACAUUGUGAGGGAGAGCCCCAGCAUCAUUGUGACCCGCUUAACCCCAGGAGCCUCUGGGACAGGCAAGCUGGGUGCUGUGGCACAGUGCGUUGGGGGUCUAGGGGCCCCGGUGGCCCUAGGGACCCCCAUGGCCAUCGCUGAGCAGCCAUGGCCCAGGUGCGCCUCGUAUCAUAGCCCCAACACCAACUGCCAGGACCUGGGCAACUCCAUCCUGUUGCUGCUGGGCUUCAUCAUCUGCAUUAACAUUGGCAUCAAUAUAGUUACGCUGCUCUGGCGCAGACUCCAGGUCUUCUUAAAGCACACGUUCUACAGUAUGGUUUGUGAGAAAGAAGAUUCUAAGUCAUCCUCACCUAGAAAGAAGACCCAGCCCCCAAAGCGGAACUCCCCUGCAGUCCACCUUCGAUGCACCAUGGACCCUGUGAAAAUGACCUUGACCCCCCCACGCACUCGCCGCCAGCGCCAUCGAGGCUCACCAGCAUGCUGUGUCCACCACCCAACAGCCUGGACCCCUGACACUGAUGAUGAGAAGCUCCCUCAUCAGCACCCGGCAGUGUGCUCCCACAACUGGGAUCGAACCCCAGACUGGGAAGGCUUCCAAUCCACUCGGGGGUUCUGGGCUCCCUGGUCCCAGGACACUGUGGAGCUGCCUUCCCAGACCAUUCGCUUCCAGCAGACCAUAGAGGGAAGACCCCUCAAAAGAGAGAUGCGGUCAGAGCUGGGCCUAGAGGCCUAUGUGUACCCUGUGAACCCCCCGCCCCCCAGCCCACAGGUCCAGAGCCACAGGAACUGUGGAAGGGGGGCUGGGGCUGAGGGGGAGCAGGAGAAAUGCUCACCAGCCCCACCACCCAUCAGGGGCCCAGCAGUUGUUCCAGAUAUCCCCCGGCGCCCCUCCUCACGCCGCCUAGUGUACGAUGCCCUAGACGUGAGGCGGCGGCUGCGGGAGCUGACCCAGGAGGUGAAGGCUCUGUCCCACUGUUACCCCAUGGGCUCCAGAUCCAGCACUGCUGAGGGGAUGAAGGACUGGGUAUACCGUCCCCUGGCAGAGAGGUGACUGGGAGAAGAAUUAAAAAAGAGAGAGAAGAGGUGGCUUGUGGUGGU